CCUUCAUUCAUUACGAUGCCUUGCUACUUGUGCAACCGACCCACAGCUCUCUCUCUCAUAAAGAAAAAGUUAUAAAAACAGUAGGCAUAUUAAACCGGCAGAAGAAGUAGUAGCUAAAAAUAAAGAAAAAGAUAAGUGUUAAAUGCUUACCACCAACCGCCUUUAGUUAUAUCUCUCUCAUUCUUCAAGCCUUGUAGUACAUUCUUUCUUCUUCUCUCUGCUUCGAAGCAACCACUUCACUCUCUCUCUCUCUCUCUCUCUCUUCACUCUUCACUCUUUCUAAACUCGAAUUCUUUUUCCUUAAGUUUAGAGAGUUAGCUCUCAGUUUUUCUGAUCUGUUGUAAGACAUGAGUAAACAAGAGUUUAUGAAGAUGCAGCAGACCUGUGUUCUUAAAGUGAAUAUACAGUGUCAUUGUGAUGGAUGUAAGAAGAAAAUAAAGAAACUUCUGCAAAAUAUCGACGGGGUGUACAAUACUCAAAUAAAUGCAGAGCAAGGGAAGGUAACUGUGACAGGAAAUGCUGAUCCAGCAAUACUCAUAAAGAAGCUUGAGAAGUCAGGGAAGCAUGCUGAACUAUGGGGAGCUCCAAAGGGCUUCAAAAACUUCCAAAACCUUCCCAACAAUCAAUUCAAGAAUAUGCAACUUGAUCAUGGCAAAGAUAACAAAUCACAAAAGGGUGGUAAAGGAGGACAACAAGUACAGCAUCAAAUGCAACAAUUCAAAGGAUCGAAGGAUCUAAAAAUGCCCCAUAAAGACCAGAAAUCUGUCAAGUUCAACAUGCAGGAUGAUUAUAUUGAUGCAAGUGAUGACGAUUUUGAUGACGAUUUUGAUGAGUUUGAUGAGGAAUUUGAUGAUGAUUUUGAUGAUGAAGAUGAUGAGGAGUUUGGUCACGGUCAUGGUCAUGGUUAUCAGGGUCAUCAUCAUUUGCCUAACAAGGCGAUGCCUAUGAUGAAUAAUGGCCAUUUGCCUAACAAGGCGAUGCCUAUGAUGAAUAAUGGCCAUUUGCCUAACAAGAUGAUGCCAAUGAUGAAUAAUGGCCAUGGAUCACAUGGUCCUCAUAAUAUGUUUAAUGGGCCUAUGCUUCAUGAUAAAAAGGAUGGUGGUAAUGGGGGAGGAGGAGGAGGAGGAGGAGGAGGGAAGGUCAAGAAAGGUGGUGGGGACUUCGAGAUACCUUUGGUAAUGAAGGGCAAAGGAGGCAAUAAUAAUGAUAGUAAAAAUGGUAAAGGAGAAAAGAAAGGUGGAGGUGGUGAUGGAAAGAAUGGUCACAGCAAAGGAGGGAGUAAAAAACAAGAUGGUAAAGAGAAGAAGAAUAGUAGCAAAGGUGGUAUUGGUGCAUUCUUAAGUUUCGGUAGAAAGAGUAAAAAUGGAAGAGAAGACAGUACUGAUAAGAGUAUCAAUCAUCACAACUCAGCUGGAAACAAUAACAGCAAGGGGGCCAAGAAAGGUGGAGGCAAAAAUAAUGACGGGGUCCAUGAUUUUAACAAAACGAAACAAGGGUACCAUGAACUCGAUGUUAAUGGUGGGAGUGGUGCCAAAAACAUGGCGAAGAUGGGGCAAAUGGGGCAGAUGGGGCAGAUGGCGCAAAUGGGCCAAAUGGGUCAGAUGGGGCAAAUGGGCCAUAUGCGCCCGAUGGGUAGUUAUGGAGGGAUGGGUAAUUUUCCUGCAGUUCAAGGACUGCCUGCAGCAGCAGCAGCAGCAGCCAUGAAUGGUGGAUAUUACCAAGGGAUGGGAGGAGGCAACCCUUACAGUCAUCAACAGCAGCAGCAGCAGCAACAACAAUAUAUGGCAAUGAUGAUGAAUCAGCAGAGGCAAAAUGGGAACGAUAUGUUUCAACCAAUGAUGUAUGCCCGGCCGCAUCCUGCAGUUAACUACAUGCCGCCGCCGCCAAUGCCGUCUCACCCGAUGUCCGAUCCCUACACUCAUGUCUUCAGUGAUGAGAACACUGAUAGCUGCAGUAUAAUGUGAAGUCAAGUAGAGUAGUUUAAUAAAUGUUGUUUAUGCUUAUAUGGGAUAUAUGAGCUUCUGUAAUGGGUUGCUUAUACAAAGGGCGCAAGGUUUUUCAAGAAACCUUUACCCAAAGUUAUGUGUCUUGGAAAUAGGCAGUAAUUUUUGUUUCAAAUUAGCAUCAUUCAAACCCUUUUGUUUGAUUAUAGUGGUGUACAUCAUUUUGCCAAUUUUUGCUUGAGGAAGCAAUUAUAGAGCAAUGUAUAAGAACUUGGUCAUGGGUGUAAAAGGUAUUCUAUCUGAUGAUGGUUGCCAAAUCUGCACAACCUUUGUGUCA